AUGUCACUAAUACCCACCGCGACUUACAUCUCAGACGACUCCACCGAGGAGACACUAGAUUUCCACCCGGGAGAAGGACCACACCACACCAACGGGAAAACGACGCAGAUUUCAGAGAUUGUUAUCAAUGCUGGAGGAGAAGACCGCGAUAAGCCCAGCGAGCAUAAGGAUACAAGUUUGGGCCACUUGCGGGCCUCCUUGACUACUUUACAGGACCAGAUCAACGAGUUUUUGACACUACGGAUGAAGUCGGGUGCGGCAGAGAGUAAAGAUGAAGAAGAGUUGGAGAGGAGAUUGCUUGAUGAAGCAGGGGGCGAAGACGACGACGACGACGAAGAAGAAGAGGAAAAAUAG